GGUCUCAAAGUUCAAGGGGGCUGAAUACUUUCGCAAGGCACUGUAUCUUGUUAAUUGCUUACAAACAAAUUAGUGAAUGUUUUAGGAAGCUAAACAGCUACCUAGCUAGCUAGUUGACUGACUUGGCUGGCCAAAAAUGACUCAUCUUAUCCUUUGGUUCUUUAAAAGUGUUCUUUGAGCAUUCACAGCAACUGGGAAAAAGUCUAUGGCAGGAAUUGUUGUCAUCUUAGCUUGCUACAUAACUUCUGAGUAAUGGGAAGCACGAGCACCACCACCAAUUAGCCAAUACCACUGUGCACACUCCUGUCAUUACUAUGACGAGCAUAGCAAUGUCAGCAAAUUACCAAUCCUAUUUGGUCACUUGUAAUGUGAUAUUUGGACAGUAAGUAUUUCAAAACGGAUUUGAUAAACAAAACUGAUUUGAGCAUUAAGGCCUGCAGUGUGAACAAUUCUUUAGAGAGGCGAGUGGUGUGGAUUUCAGGAGUUCUCAAAAUCCUACAUUUUCUAAUUGGACCAAUUUUACACUUUGAUGAUAUGAUAUUUACUUAUCAACCAGUGAACAAACAGUGGCUCCAGGUUUUCCAGCAGCAGGUUUGGAGGUGUACACAGUGAGAAGUGGAUGUGCUGCCUUUUGUUUACGGUUUACAAGACUCUCUUCCUGGUACACUGGCAUCACAGGAACCUGUUGACAGAGCCAAUUGGACAAAGGUGCAAUGCAAACAGGCCAGGGGAAAAUACCAGGUUGUUCCACAGUUUGAAAAGGGUUAAUGUGGCUGAGAUGGCAGAUAAAGCUUAUUGUGAACAACACCAGCCUCAGGUUAUACAGCCCCCCUCACCCACCCACCCCUCUCAAUAAAGAGCAGCAGAUGUAGACAAUUACUUCCCCCUGUGACGCAGAGUGAGCUCAGGUCACGGAGUGUGUACAGUAUGUGUGCGUGCGUGCAUGUGUUUGUGAGGGGGCUGUGACUACCCUAUGAAAAAAGGGCAGCCACAAGAGGACUUAAAUAGAGCAACAGGAGGAUGAGAUGACCACUUGUAUCCGAUGUGGAUCUGCAGGAUGUAUCUGAAGUAUGUGAGCACCACGGCAGGCAAGCAGGCUGCACUUUACCUUGAUCAGAACAGAACACAGCAGGCAAGGUUCGGAGAGGGCCCUGGAGGAAGUCUAAUCCUAUUGCUGAGAGAAAAAAAUAAAUCCUCGGAGCCAAAUGUCUCUCCAGAAAUACCAUGCCUGACCAUCCAGAAAGCAGCCACCAGUUCACUCCAUUAGCUACCACAUCCCAGCUUAUUAAAUUGAAACGGGUGGUGCAUGAGUGGUGGCUGCAGGGCAGGGAUAGGUAACGUUGGAGGUAGUACACUCAGAGAGAUGAGACCCCUUCAGGAUCAUUUACGAAUACGGUUUUAUAUUUUCAGAUGAAAAGAGUAUACCUGGAGUAGGUUAUGUGUAGUUAGUUUCGGACUAACUCAAAUGUAGUGGUGUAACGAUAAUGUACAGACACGGUUGUGGGGACAUAUUCUUGUGACUAAAUUGGUAAACAAAUGUUGAUGUUGUCAAAUAUGUUUUAAUAAUCAGCAUAUCUGUUUCUCGUCCGAAAAAGAGAACUGUUCUGUAGCUAUUGUCCCAGGGAACGUGGAGAGCUAUGCCACUAUUCAACCCCUUGGUGUGGGUGCGGGAGUGGCUGCGACAGAGCAGAGGCUCCUCCAGACUGGUGCUGGUGGUCGUGUGUGUUGCCCUGCUACUGGAUAACAUGCUGCUUACUGUUGUCGUGCCCAUCAUCCCAACGUUUUUAUAUGCCCUUGACCACCCGACACAAGACCCCUUCAUCCAGCCAAGCACACAGAGGCCAUCUGAGGAGGGCUUCACAUUGGCCUCAGUCCACUCCUUCUACGACAACACUUCCCACAGCCUCAGAGGCUCUGAGAGCAACCUGUCUGAGGCCCUCCUCUUCAACAUCUCCAGAAACUCCAGCCAGGUGAAAGGCAGCACAUGCAAGGAGGACAGUGCCUUCUUGGACAAGGAGAAUGUUCGUGUGGGACUCCUCUUUGCCUCCAAGGCUCUGGUACAGCUUCUUGUCAACCCCUUCGUGGGUCCCCUGACCAACAGGGUUGGAUAUCACAUACCAAUGUUUGCUGGCUUCAUCAUCAUGUUUGUUUCAACAAUAAUGUUUGCCUUUUCAGGUACAUACGCCUUGUUGUUUUUUGCUCGCUCUCUUCAGGGAAUUGGUUCCUCUUUCUCCUCUGUGGCAGGGCUGGGAAUGUUGGCCAGUGUGUACACAAAUGAUGAGGAGAGAGGCGUAGCCAUGGGGAUCGCUCUGGGUGGAUUGGCCAUGGGAGUCCUCAUUGGAGCGCCAUUUGGCAGUGUGAUGUAUGAAUUUGUGGGGAAGACUGCUCCUUUCUUAAUUUUGGCUUUCCUUGCAGUAUUUGAUGGAGCGUUACAACUUCUUAUACUUCAGCCAUCGAAGAUUUCACCAGGAAGUGUGGAGGGCACUCCUUUGCUGACCCUACUGAAGGACCCCUACAUUCUCAUAAGCGCAGGCUCUCUGUGCUUCGCCAACAUGGGAGUUGCCAUUCUGGAGCCCACACUUCCCAUCUGGAUGAUGCAGACCAUGUGCUCUCCCAAAUGGCAGCUUGGUAUGGCUUUCCUACCAGCAAGCAUUUCUUACCUUAUUGGCACCAAUUUAUUUGGUUUGUUGGCUAACAAAAUGGGAAGGUGGCUGUGCUCCAUGAUUGGGAUGUUUAUUGUUGGCAUCAGCCUCCUUUGCGUUCCUUUUGCAAAGAACAUCUAUGGUCUUAUUGGUCCAAAUGCAGGCCUGGGGUUUGCUAUUGGAAUGGUGGACUCCUCUAUGAUGGCCAUAAUGGGAUACCUGGUGGAUAUUCGCCAUGCCUCGGUCUAUGGCAGUGUUUACGCCAUAGCUGAUGUCGCAUUGUGCAUGGGUUUUGCCAUUGGUCCUUCGAUAGGGGGCUCCUUGGUCAGGGCCAUUGGAUUUCCUUACCUCAUGGUAUUCAUUGGCAUCAUCAACAUCUUCUAUGCUCCACUGUGCUUCUUCCUGCGUAAUCCUGCCAUCAGGGAGGAGAAGAUGGCCAUCAUAGACCAGGAAUGCCCUCUGCACAGGAAGAGCUACAACACACAGAAGGAGUGUCGAGAGUUCCCUUUGAGUGACGAGAGCGAGGAGGAAACGGAGGAGUAACAUGCUCCUUGUCAACCCAACACACACAUUUUUUUUACAGUGAAAGAGCAGAGGCAUUGUUCAUAAUGCCUUUGAAUUGACAUGAUGUCUAGAAAAAUGCAUUUUGUUAGCACUUAUCUGUAUUCAAAGUUUCCUAAUGACCUCUGUACUUAGUUUAUUGCUGGAAAUAACAAACAAUGGCAUCUGUGUUUUUAAUAUGGUAUGUAUAGGGACAGUAGUGUUUGCAUUUUGUUGUGUGUGUGUGUGUGUGUGUGUGUGUGUGUGUGUGUGUGUGUGUGUGUGUGUGUGUGUGUGUGUGUGUGUGUGUGUGUGUGUGUGUGUGUGUGUGUGUGUGUGUGUGUGUGUUUGUGUGUAAUAAUUUCGCUUAAUGUACUAUGAGGUGAAAGGAACACUUGUGCAGGCUCAACAAACAUUAAAACCUACUAUAAACUUGAAAAUGACAUCUUUACAUACAUUUGGCAUUUGAUUGUAGCUACGUUUAUGUUCAUUUGUUGAGCCUACCAUAUGAAUCAGUAGCUUUCAAUGUUUGAAAUAUGAAUGUCAAGAUAUGUUCAGUGUAUCCGGAUAACAAAUUGGUUUAGAUCUAGAAUAAUGCUUAUUCCUAGGCCUAUUCCUAAUUGCUGAAUAUAACCUAUCCACGAUCAUGAAAGCGGAUUAUUUCAUUCACAUCGCUCGACAAGAGAACAAUGCUUGUUCAGAGCUCAUAAAAGCUCAGAGCUUUUAGAUAAAAUGCUGUAACAUGUAAUAUCCUCUCUUCUAGUGUGUCUCCAUGCAUCAGCCAAUCGGCUGCUGUCUGGUAUAGUGCAAGAGCUAUCUCGCCUCACCUUUAAUUUCCUCUUUGGCUGUAGCAAGGCUCUGUCUCUGUCCCAAACGGCACCCUAUUCACUAUGUAGUGCACUACUUUGACCAGGACCCAUCUUGUCUAAAGUAGUGCACUAUAUAGGCAAUAGCCUAGGGUGCCAUUGGGACACAACCUCUGUGUUGGGUUGGUUUACUUCUAACCAAGGAGUGGAAAUUAUGAACACAAAGAGGCAAAGGUUAGAUAAAGAGAGCAAGACUGGCAUCAUUGUGGCUCAAAUGCCUCAAAUCUUCUUGGCCCACAUAAAUAACAUAUUGCCACUACAAGCGCUCCUUGUGAUGCGAAGCAAAUUGUCAAAGCCAAAGUAUAUAUUUGAUUGCACGUUAUAAAUGAUAAAUGAAGUCUUAUUAAAUGUAUCUGGAAAACAAAAUAAAAAGUAAACUACAAUGGGUCAAGUGGAACAUUCCAGCUUUAUACUAAAGUUUGAAUAUAGGAAAGUUUCACCAGAAGACUCAAGUGAGAGGCUAUUUCAAAAUGAUGGAAGUUUUAUUUGAGACACCACAUUUAUUUAUUUUUAAUUUUACCUUUAUUUAACUAGGCAAGUCAGUUAAGAACAAAUUCAUAUUUUCAACGACUGCCCAGGAACAGUGUGUUAACUGCCUUGUUCAGGGGCAGAGCGACAGUUUUAUUUACUUUGUCAGCUCGGGGAUUCAAUCUUACAACCUUUCGGUUACCAGUCCAAUGCUCUAACCACAAGGCUACCUGCCUGUUUAUCUGAACAGUAUAUUAUUUUUCACAUUAUUUCCUCACUCAAUCAAUAUAUGCAUGUUUUCAUAUUGUGUUUUCCCAUCAAUGAUGGCUGUAAGCUUGGCCAAAAGGCAACUCCUAGGCUGUUACUCUGAGAUGACGGAAUAGGAACCUGUUUGGCUUUCCAGAUAAAUGUGUGUGAUAAUUAAACAGAACUGUAUCAUUCAUAGACUGGUACAAGAAUGGAGAUAUCACAUGUGAAGUAACCUAUCCUGGACAUUGUCACUCCCCAAAUGAGUCAAAUCUGUCAUUGUCUUUACUUGUGGUCAAACCAAUAGAACA